AUGGAACCAAUUUUAAAUUCAAAUACUGAAAUAAAUACUGAAAACACUCAGAUUUGGUAUAUAACAGGUUGUACAAGUGGUACUGGUUUAUCAUUAGCAAAGAAAUUAUUAUCAUUAGGUCAUAAAGUGACAGGUACUUCAAGAAAUAUUAAUAAAUUAAAAGAAUUAAGUAUUUUCAAUGAUAAAUCAUUUUUAGGAUUACAAGUCGAUAUUACAGAUAGAAAAUCAGUUCAAGAAUCAAUUGAAAAAACCAUUGAACAUUUUGGAGAUAUUACACAUGUAAUUAAUAAUGCAGGAUUUGGACUUGUAGGAUCAGUUGAAGAAGUUUCAGAAGAAGAAGAUAAAAAACUAAUGGAUGCACUUUACUUUGGUCCUUUAAAUGUCAUUAGAUCAGUUUUACCUUAUUUCCGUUCAAAAAACAAUGGUUAUAUAUUUAAUGUAAGUUCAAUUGCUGGUAUUAAAGGUUACCCAAGAUUUGGUAAUUACAGUGGUGCUAAAUUCGCAUUGGUUGGUUUAACAGAAUCAUUAGCACAAGAUGUUUUACCAUUUAAUAUUAAAGUAUCAUGUAUAAUACUUGGUUAUAUUGCCACUGGUUUCCAAAGUGCAAAUGAUUAUUGUAAAAAUUUAAUUCCAGAAUAUAAAAGUCGUGAGAUAUUUGGUUCAAUAAUGAAAUAUACAGAAGCAACUGUAACUCCAGGUGAUCCAGAUAAAGUCGCUGACGUUAUUGUUGAAAACUCCACUAAAUCAGAAUUACCAUAUAAUAUUUUCAUUGGUCCACUAAGUACCUUUGAAAUUGCUGAAGCUAAAGUUAAUGAAAUUACUAAACAGAUUGAAUCUCAAAAAGAAAGAAAUUCAAACAUUUUAUUAGAAAAAUAA